AUGUCGCCGGAAUUCUGUCGCGACUGCGUCGCCUUUUCCGUCAAUCAAACCUUAAAUCAGUGUCCCAAUGAGGUAGAGGUCACGUUCUAUAACGAUGAGUGUAUGCUCAGAUACUCUAGUAGGAGAGUUCUCUUGGACUCUUCACUGGAAAGUGGAUUCAUCAUGAGCAACACCCAGAAUGUUACCUCGAACCAAACAGGGUUCAAAGAUUUGGUCUUGUCCACGAUGAGCCAAGCAGCCAUCGAGGCAUCGCUCAGUUCUCUAAAAUUCAACUCGAGAAAAGCCAAUUUGACUGCGUUACAGACUGUGUACGGACUAGUUCAGUGCACUCCUGAUCUGACGACGCAAGACUGCUUAAGCUGUCUGCAACAGAUUACUAAUAAACUGCCCAUUGCAAAAAUUGGGGGAAGAGUCGUUGUGCCGAGCUGUAAUUCAAGAUACGAGCGUUACUCGGUUUACAACGAAUCCGCCGCCGUUAGGUUACCUCUAGGUCAGCAUAAUUCAGCUUCUCCACCACCGCCGGCGUCAUUUCCUUCACCACGACCUGGUCUGGAGUCUGGACGUUCGAUUUUCUCCUUUUCUUUUGAUUACAUGUUUCAGAGCAACGUUUCUUACGAGACACGUUUCAAUAUUUCUUUAUAUAUAGGAAAAGGCGGGAACUCCUCCUCUGUCAUAACCAUUGCUGUUCUUGUUCCAAUCACGGUGCUUUUUCUUCUUUUCGUGGCUAUUUAUAGCGUCAGGGAUAAGAAAACAAGGAGCAUUUAUGAGACGGAACCACUUACUGAUGCUGUUGAAGUUGUUUCUACAGACAGGGAUGAUAUUACGACAGCAGGCUCACUUCAGUUUGAUUUUAAGACGAUUGAGCCAGCAACGGAUAAGUUUUCUUAUAGUAAAAAGCUUGGUCAAGGUGGAUUCGGUGCAGUUUACAAGGUGUAA